AUGCAGCACCAUCCGGGCUCGUGGUACAUUCCGUGGGGUGUCCCGGGGAUGGGCCUGCAGAAGAUGCUGGCCGUACCGUUCAAUCCGGCCACCGCGGGCUUCCACCAGCCGCAGAUAGCGGCGGCCGCCGUACAGCCACCGACCGUGCAGUCGGUGCAGCAGGCUUCGCAGGUGCAGCAGGCUGCUGCCAGUCAGCAGGCCACCUACCAGCACCAGUUGCACCCGGCUGCGGCCCUCCACAACACGGCCGCCGUCGCCGCGGCCGCCGCAAUGCACCAGCAUCAGCAGCAUCAGCAUCAGCACCAGCACCAGCAUCAGCAUCAGCAUCCGCAUCAGCCACUGCAUCCGGCGGCGGCGGCGGCCAUGUUCACGCCGCUGACGCUGCGAAGCUUCGUGACGCAUCCGCACCUGAACCUGGGCCAGCAGCCCAUGGCGUCCGCCCAGCAGCCGCCGCAGGCCCCGCAGCUGACCGCGGCCCAGACCCAGUCGCAGCUCACGGCCAUCAAUCUGAACGGCGUCGGUGUCGUGCCGGUGCGCCAGAAGGCGGCCCCGGCAGCCGUCAGCGUGCCAUCAAACACGCUCCUCAUGCCGAUGAGAAAGAUUAUCAUGACGGAGAAGGAAAAAACCAAACUGGCCUCAACCGAGAAGCGAAAAGCGGACGAAAGCGAGCCGGUCAAGGACUUGAAAAAGGCUAAACUGGAAACUAAAGCGUUGAAGGCUAAGCGGCCCGGUUUCACGGACGAACGAUACCAUGAGACGUCGUACUAUAUUGAAAAUGGCCUGCGGAAAGUUUAUCCUUACUACUUUACCUUCACAACGUUCACAAAGGGUCGUUGGGUUGGCGAAAAGAUUUUGGACGUAUUUGCCCGAGAGUUUCGCGCCCAUCCCGCCGAGGAAUACGAACGGUGCAUCAAGGCAGGUACCCUGACCGUAAACUACGAAAAAGUGCCAACAGACUAUAGGUUAAAGCAUAAUGACCUCCUAGCGAACAUCGUUCACAGACAUGAAGUUCCAGUAACUAGUCAACCAAUCACAAUAGUGCACAUGGACGACGAUAUUGUGGUUGUGAACAAACCAGCAUCUAUUCCAGUUCAUCCCUGUGGACGUUACCGCCACAACACGGUAGUGUUCAUCCUGGCGAAGGAGUAUAAUCUAAAAAAUCUGCGCACCAUCCACCGGCUGGAUCGGCUCACGUCGGGGCUGCUGCUGUUCGGCCGAAGCCCCAAGAAGGCCCGCCAAAUGGAGCACCAGAUCCGGAACCGACAGGUGCAGAAAGAGUACAUCUGUCGGGUGGAAGGCGAAUUCCCAGAUGGCAUCAUCGAGUGCAAGGAGCCGAUCGAGGUCGUCAGCUACAAGAUUGGCGUUUGCAAGGUUUCACCCAAGGGAAAGGAAUGUACGACCAUAUUCCAGAAGCUCGGUUUCAACGGUAGCAGCAGCGUCGUGCAGUGCAAACCGCGCACCGGCCGUAUGCACCAGAUUCGGGUGCAUCUGCAGUACCUUGGCUAUCCGGUCGUCAACGAUCCGCUGUACAACCACGAGGUGUUCGGUCCGGCCAAGGGCCGUGGUGGUGACAUUGGCGGCAAGAGCGACGAGCAGCUGGUGAAGGACCUGAUCAAUAUUCACAAUGCAGAAAAUUGGCUCGGCAUCGACGGUGACUCGGAUUUGUCAAUGUUUAAACCGAUGAAAAACGAUCUGGACGACGUGAAAGGACAAAUCCUGUCCGAUGACGACUCGGAGAGCGUGUCCCGUGAGGCGUCGCCCUGUUCGGAAAGUCCUCGGCCGGUGUCGCUGGGCAGCGAAAGCCCCCACGAGAAUAUGUGCGCCUCGUUGCUCAUGGCGAAUGCAAUGGCCGCGGUCGCUGGCACCACCGUCGGAAGUGGCACGAACGCCGGCAACACCGGAACCGGCGGCACGGUUGCCGUCGGUACGGCCAGCACCACGACCAACACCAUCAACGUCGGCGGCCGAAUGCAGUCACAGAAGCGCACAACGACUGCUGCUUGGGAGUGCCCGAAAGGUGCUAGCUCAUCGCCCACCAACGUCGCCGCCAACACAGCCGACUCAGCCACGCAGGUCGACGAAGCGGCAGUCGUUGCGUUUCAAGAGUGCAACAAAUUUGCGACAGAGCAAGCAUCUGCUGCCGCUGUUACUGCUGCUGCUAUGGCCGCUUCCGGUGCUAACGUUACCGUGGCCACGCAGACGGGACACGAAUCGCCCGACUUGGCAUUUAAUCCGGACAAAAUGACAAGCGACAAGCACUGCUACGAGUGCAAGGUGCGCUACCGGGAUCCGAAGCCGCAGGAUUUGGUCAUGUAUCUGCAUGCCUGGAAGUACAAGGGCCCGGGCUGGGGCUACGAAACUGAGCUGCCCGACUGGGCUCGAGUAGACUGGCACGAGACGGACUUUGAGUAAGCAUUUUAUCGAUAAGCAUUCAACCAAAUGUCGGCACACUUCGGGCGCUCAUGAAUGCGCCGAGCUGGGCAGCUGUGGAAAAGCAACGUUGAAAUGCGCAUUAACAUUAAACGAAAAAAAAACUCAUAUUUGCGUGUGACUACGACCAAAACAAGUGUGAUUUGAUCUUGUGUUCGUAAAUGCACAACAAAUUUGUAGAUGACAUCAAGUGACAGGGAACAAUAAUUUGUUUCUUUUGUAUCGCAAUACGCAAAACAAGACACAAAAAAGACAUUACAGGAAAGAUCGAGCUGCUGCGCGCUUAAUUGCUGGCACGUGCUGUAAGACGAUAGGCAAGCACAUUGAAAAUGUACAGAUUACAGAGCUGUUGACAAAGAGUGUAAGAAACAAAUGACAACAACACACGCAAGUCGAGGCACAGUUUGAAGGAGAAUUGGGAAGGAAAUGGCCGCGACUCGUACCGUGCGGCCUGCAACCAUCUAAGACGUCGUAAGAACCGGGCUCGUGAAUGGCUCGGAACAUUUCUAGGGUUACUAGAAAACUGGUACAUAACUUUCAAUUUUUCAGCAACAAACCCCAAACCAAUAAAGGGAUGUUACAGCAUAUGAAUCAUACACGUAGGCCACUAAAUUACACAUUUAGUUAUUGCGAUUUUUGUAGCACUCGAAGCAUUGGCCGUCGUCAUGCAUUCGCCGUCCUUGUUUGCCUAGAAACAAUUGUUGGAAUGUUUAAAGUUUUGAGCACACACUGUUAGAUUUUCUAAAACUCUUUAGUGUUUACAUAAGUUUAGUCUAUAAGCAAUUCUCCUGGCUAUCGAUAACGAAUAACACGUUUAUUACGAAGAUUGACACAAACGCAUUGGCACUUUGUAGCUUCAGUUUAUAUUUGAAAUAUCCCAAUUUUAUAAGUCCAUUAUGCGCCCUAAUUUUGUUCAACGUAGAACUGCACUAUUUCUUGUGUUAGCUUUCCCAUGAUCCUGUUGAACAAUGGGCCAACAUUUUGAUACUUGCCACUGACUACCAUCGAUUAAAUAAUAUCAACUAUUAGCUUUUUUCAAAUAAGAAAACUAAUUUACACUUUGUUGUACCGUAUUCAUACACCAAUGGGUGCAAGCCAACUUUUAUUUCGUUCGUUCCCAAUUUGCUCGUAUCGUUUCGUUCAAAAAUCAAUCGAUUUUGUUUCGCUUAAAAUCGCUAGGUAAGCUUUCUUCGAACUCUUCCAGUUGAAAGCGUACAACAAGCCACAUCUGCACAGUUUGGUGCGUUAACCGAUUGAAAAUGGACAAUA